GUCUAUAAUAUAGGUGCAUACUGCAUACAUCCGGCUCACGAAGCCGCCCCACAAUUUCUUUCCUUGGCAACACUCUCCCACACUAGAGACACAGAGAGAUCAAAAUCUAGAGAGAGAGAGUGAGCGAAGCAGAAGCAGAAGCAGAAGGCCAUGGGAGGAGUCUACAACCACCUCUGGUUCACUCUCUUCAUACUCAUCUCCACCACCGCCAUCGCCAGAUCCGAUGAUCCUGAUUGUGUGUACACGGUCUACAUUAGGACCGGUUCAAUCCUCAAGGGUGGGACCGACUCGAUCAUAAGCUUGACCCUCUACGAUGCCAAUGGCAAUGGCAUAUUGAUCAAGAAUCUCGAGGCGUGGGGCGGGCUGAUGGGCUCCGACUAUAACUACUUCGAGAGGGGUAAUUUGGACAUUUUUAGCGGUCGAGGCCCCUGUUUGGACGGGCCAGUGUGUUCGAUGAACUUGACCUCGGACGGGUCGGGCAAGCACCAUGGGUGGUACUGUAACUACGUGGAGGUGACCACCACCGGAGUGCACGCUGGUUGUGCCCAGAUUCAGUUCACUGUGGAGCAGUGGUUGGCCACCGAUACGUCGCCGUACGAGCUUACAGCUAUCAGGGAUUACUGUUCGUCCGAUGAUGAGAAAAAAGUUAGUCAGCAUGUGAUCAACGGCUCUGGUUCUCCUCUUGUGGCUGUUCUGUAAGCAGUAUAGGCUUUUGGUGGCCAAAGCUGUGUUAUUAAAAAUAAGAGAGAAAUAAGAGAGAGGGAGAGUUGUGCUGCGGUUAUUAAUUAACGGUCAAUAUCUAUGUUAGUUUGCAUGUAUGAUUAUGAGUAAUUUUUUUUUUUUGGCAUAAUAUUUAAAUUUGUGCCGAUUAUUAUCUCAAAUUCAAUGGAUAAUUAUAAUUGAUCUCGGAAUUGU